CACGUGACAGGUCAGAGGCCGGAGCUGGGCAGGUUGUGGAAAGCGCAGGGUUUUGACAAAACAAGCGGCGACGGUACCACCGCAGGGUCUAUGGCCGAGGCGGUGAGGCCCCAGCGCCGGGCCAAGGCCAAGGCCGGCCGGACCAAAACCAAGGAAAAGAAGAAAUAUGAAAUCCUUCAGAGGGAAGAGUCUGAUGAAAUCUCCCUUGCCAAAACCCCUAGAGAGCUGGAAAUCCCUACUCCAGCUUGUGAAUUUAAAGGAGACCAUCUGAAAGUAUUAACUGAUUCCCAGCUCCAGAAUGAUACCAGUGGACAAAAUGAGAGUGAAAUGUUUGAUAUACCACUUACCUCCUUAACUGUGAGCAGUGAAGAGUCUCUGACGUAUAACACAGAGACUUUAAAGGAUGGGGAGGAGAUCAGAGCCCACGUUGGGGAUGAUGCAAUCAAGCUCAAGGUCAACCCUGGAACCAAAGCAGAAACCCUCAAGAACUCUACAGAAGUAGAGGAAGAUAAAUUGGUACAGUGUGGACCUUCAGAAAGCACGCUGCAAUCUAAUGUUUCUUAUGUUCAACAGGAGAUGGAAAAUUCACAGCUCAGAGAAACUCAGAAUAGGAAAGAAGACGAAAGCUUGGGUCUUUCUUCAGAGGUGCUCCAAAAUAUUGGCUUGCAGAGUCCUUGUGAAGCCAAAGACAUUUUUCAGCCACCUAGAGUGAAAAAACUGUAUCCCCAGUUGCCAGCUGAAAUUGCUGAUGAUGUACCAGCUUUGGUGGCAGUGAAACCCUUGCUUCGUAAUGAGCGCCUCUACCCAGAGCUCCCAUCUCAACCGGAAGUGGUACCAUUUACGAAAGAGCAGCUAAAAAUCUUUGAGCCUGGUUCAUGGCUGGAAAAUGUUGAGUCAUAUUUAGAAGAAUUUGACAGCAUGGCUCAUCAGGACAGGCAUGAAUUUUAUGAGUUGCUUUUGAACUACUCACGAUGUAGGAAGCAGCUGCUGCUGGCCGAAGCCGAGCUCCUUGCUCUGACGUCUGAUUGUCAAAGUGCUAAAAAUCGACUGUGGCAUUUUAAGGAGGAACAGUUGUCAGUUCAGGGUAUCUGCGCGGAUCAAGUGAAAGUUUCAGGCCAUCACCGCUACCAGAGAGUGGAGAUGAGUGAAAGUGCCCUGGGAGAGCUAAAGAAGCUGUUUGAUGCCAAAUCCGAGCACCUCCACCAGACCCUGGCUCUGCAUUCUUACACCUCUGUGCUCUCCCGGUUGCAAGUGGAGUCUUACAUCUACGCGUUGCUCAAUAGCUCGGCUGUUCUGAGAUCUUUAGCAAUUCAUCAGGAAGGCCGAGGUGUGUCAGUCAUGAGUGUCUGGCUCUUUCUUGUGAUCCUUCUGUGGCUGCAGAAAUUGGUGUCAGUGUUACAAAGAGUCGGCUGUCCUGGAGAUCACCUCUUUCUUCUAAACCAUAUUCUUCGCUGCCCAGCUGGUGUUAGUAAAUGGGCUAUUCCUUUUAUCCAGAUCAAAGUUAUGAAUAACCCAUCAGGGGUCUUUCAUUUUAUGCAGUCCCUUGCCCUGCUAAUGUCUCCUGUCAAAAAUCGAGCAGCGUUCCUGUGCCACAUGAAGCCCAGCGAGCGGAAGCCAUCGUCCUCGGGGCCUGCGUCUGGGACGUGGACGCUAGUGGACGAGGGAGGAGAAGAGGAUGAAGACCCUGAGACCAGUUGGAGUCUCCUUAAUGAAGAUGACUUGGUUAUUCUUUUAUCCCAGUUUCCAUUUCAUGAACUUUUUCAGCAUCUUCUUGGGUUUAAAGCAAAAGGUGAUUAUUUACCUGAAAUAACAAGACCUCAAGAGAUGAUGAAAACGUUUGCCUUUGCUAACUCCUUAGUGGAGCUUCUGGCUGUGGGGUUAGAAACUUUUAAUAGAGCACGCUAUAGGCAGUUUGUGAAGCGAAUCGGUUACAUGAUCAGGAUGACCCUUGGUUAUGUGAGUGACCACUGGGCACAGUUCGUGAGCCACAACCAAGGCUCGGGAUUGGCCCUGCAGCCCUACUCCAUGGAGAAACUGCAGGUUGAGUUCGAUGAGCUGUUUUUGAGAGCUGUCCUCCAUGUGCUGAAAGCCAAAAGACUUGGCAUUUGGCUGUUUAUGUCGGAAAUGCCCUUCGGGACGCUGUCGGUCCAGAUGCUCUGGAAGCUCUUCUAUCUCAUGCACCAGGUGGAGAGCAGGGAUCUGGAGGAGCUCUGCACCAUCCUCCCGCCUGCUGAGUGCAAGAAGCGCCUGCAAGACCCAGAACAUUUUGUCAACUUUGAGAAGUGUCUUUCUUCCAUGAAUAGCUCAGAAGAGAUUUGCCUUCUAACUACUUUUGCUCAGAUGGCGCAGGCCAGAAGAACCAAUGUGGACGAAGACUUCAUAAAAAUUAUUGUCCUGGAGAUAUAUGAGGUAUCUUAUGUCACCCUGUCCACCAGAGAGACUUUUUCAAAAGCUGGUCGAGAGCUGUUAGGGGCCAUCACAGCGGUUCACCCUGAGAUAAUUUCUGUCCUUUUGAAUAGAGUUCAAGACACCAUUGACCAGGUUGGAAUGGUAAGAGCACCAGUUUUUGUUUCUUUGUUUGUUUCAUUUUUUGUUUGUUUGCUUGUUUUGUUUUGUUUAAAUCCUGGAGUAAUGGAGCAAUGGGAAAAAUAUUGCUCAUCUGGUUCUCUUCAUCUGGAUCAAGCAGUCCAUGCUGAAGUAGCUUUAAUGAUUCUGGAAGCAUACCAGAAGUACCUUGCACAGAAGCCAUACACUGGGCUUCUCUCUGAAAGUAUGAAACAGGUUUCAUAUUUGGCCAGUAUUGUUCGAUAUGGAGAGACACCCGAGACUUCAUUUAACCAGUGGGCCUGGAACUUGAUCUUGAGGUUAAAACUGCACAAAAAUGACUAUGGAAUACAGCAGAAUUGUCCAACAGUUCCCUUCUCCAGCACUGUGCCUGAAAUGACGGAGUCACCCACGUUCCAUCCUCUCUUGAAGGCUGUCAAGGCAGGCAUGCCCAUUGGCUGUUAUCUGGCCUUGGCUAUGACGGCUGUGGGCCACAGCAUUGUGAAGUUCUGUGAAGAAGGCAUCCCACUCUUGGGAAUUCUGGUCCAGUCGAGGCAUUUGAGAACAGUGGUCCACGUCCUGGAUAAGAUUCUGCCUUUGUUCUACCCUUGCCAGUGUUACCUUCUGAAGAAUGACCAGUUUCUGUCACACCUCCUCCUGUUCCUACACUUGGACAGUGGUGUCCCUCAGGGUGUCACGCAGCAGGUCACCCACAAGGUGGCUCAGCACCUGAUGGGAGCCAGCCAUGGCGACAACGUGAAGCUUCUCAACAGCAUGAUCCAGGCCCACAUUUCUGUAAGCACUCAGCCCAAUGAAGUGGGCCCGGUUGCUGUAUUGGAGUUCUGGGUUCAAGCUCUUAUAAGCCAACAUCUUUGGUACCGAGAACAACCCAUCCUCUUCCUCAUGGACCAUUUGUGUAAAACAGCUUUCCAGCUGAUGCAGGAAGACUGUGUGCAGAAAUUGCUCUACCAGCAACAUAAGAAUGCUUUGGGGUACCACUGUGACCGGAGUCUCCUCUCCUCCUUGGUGAGCUGGAUCGUUGCCGGCAACAUCACCCCUUCCUUUGUGGAGGGCUUGGCCACGUCCACUCAGGUCUGGUUUGCGUGGACCGUCCUGAACGUGGAAUCCAUCUUUGAAGAAGACUCCCAGCUCCGAAGAGUUGUUGAAGGGGAGCUGGUCAUAAACGCUGCGUUCGGCCCCGACCAGGCUCUGAAGAAAGCCCAGGCCCAGCUGAAGCUCCCCAUCGUCCCCUCCCUCCAGAGGCUGCUGAUUUAUCGUUGGGCCCACCAGGCUCUCGUCACGCCUUCCGACCAUCCCCUUCUGCCGCUCAUUUGGCAGAAGUUCUUCCUCCUGUAUCUUCACCGCCCAGGACCACAGUACGGGUUACCCAUAGAUGGUUGUAUUGGAAGAAGGUUUUUUCAAAGCCCUGCUCAUAUCAGCUUGUUGAAAGAAAUGAAGAGGCGCCUGACUGAGGUGGCUGACUUCCACCACGCGGCCAGCAAGGCCCUCCGCGUCCCAGCAGAGGGCAGUGAAGGGCCGCCGGCGAGCCAGCCGGGCCCCGCCGCUUACCUGACCUCCCCGGAGCUGCACACGGAGCUCGUGAGGCUCUUCAAUGUUUAUAUAUUAUGGCUAGAAGAUGAGAAUUUUCAAAAAGGAGAUACGUAUAUCCCUUCUCUGCCAAAGCACUAUGAUACCCACAGGCUGGCAAAAGUGAUGCAGAAUCAGCAGGACCUGUGGAUGGAGUAUUUGAACAUGGAGCGCAUACAUUACGAGUUUCAGGAAACCAUUGGUCUGUGGAUGCAGGCCAAGCUGGAGUCCCAUUCCACACCCUGCAGUCUGUCAGUGCAGCUGGACUUCACUGAUCCGUUGUUGGCUAAAGAAAGAGUUUUAAGUAACCUGCGGAAGCAUGAGGACCCCCAGCCUCCCCUAGUUCUGCACCCAGUGAGGCCCCCUGUCCCAGUUAUUUCCUCAGCCGUGCUCCUGAGUCAGAAGGACACCACCCAGAUGGCACGCGCAGACCUGAGUGUGUUGCAGCAGCAGGCCAGAACUGCAGCUCUUCGGGAAUCUCAGCAGGUUGCCCUGGAUAGUGAGCUGCUGGACACGAUGCCCAAACAGUACGUUAAUCGAGAAGAGCAGGCCACACUCCACUUGGAGUGCAGAGGCAGCGGUGGUAAGAAGUGCCAAGGGGCAGCGGUCGUAACGGUUCAGUUUGAAGGUAUGCACAAGAAUGAAGCAGUAAGCCAACAGCUUCAUGUUCUGCGAAAAGAAGUGAAGCAGUUGCAAGCAGAAGCUGCUAAGCCACCAUCACUUAAUGUUGUGGAAACCGCUGUGCAUGCAGAAAACUUGAUCACGGCCUUGGUGAAUGCCUACCAGUCACAGCCCACCCCCGGGGUUCAGAAGGUUGGCAUCAGCCUCUUCUUCACUGUCGUGGAUUAUGUCAGCGAUGAGACCCAGCGUCACCCUCCCACAAGGCAGUUCUUUACUUCAUGCAUUGAGAUCUUGGGACAGGUGUUCAUCAGUGGCACUAAAUCCGAAUGCAGGAAGGUGCUUCAGACCAUCCUGAAGAACCAGAGGCUCUGCUCUCUUUUGUCCCCCUUCUUCACUCCCAACGCAGCACCUGCAGAGUUCAUACAGCUGUAUGAGAAGGUGGUGAAGUUUCUGAGUGAGGACAACAGUGACAUGACUUUCAUGCUGCUCACCAAGUUCGAUCUUAAGCAAUGGUUAAACGCCACUAAACCUCCUCUGUCUGAUCGUACCAGGCUUCUGGAGUUCAUUCACUUGGCACUUACUGCCUGGGGCCUUGAACCAGAUGAAGAGAUUUUGAUGCCAUUUAAUCUUUUCUGUAAGCACUGGACUUACCUUCUCCUCUACCAGUUCCCUGACCAGUACAGUGACAUUCUCAGGCUGCUGAUGCAAAGCUCCGCCGAGCAGCUGCUGAGCCCGGAGUGUUGGAAAGCCACCCUGAGAGCCCUGGGCUGCUGCUCCCCGAACUGCCAGCAGGGGGCAGCUUCUGCCGAGAGCACGGGGCUUCAGAGCUCUCCGGAUGGUCUCUUGUCGGACAAGCAGGUGGUGGAGACCAUACAGUGGCUCUCCAACUUUUUAAAUAAGCUUCGGUUAUCCACGUUGGACUUUAAAAGCUUUGGCUUAUUUUCAAAAUGGAGCCCUUACGUGGCUGAAAUGAAGACACUCUUGGCCUAUCUAGUGAAAAGGCUGCUUGACUCAGAAAUGGCCUGCUUGGCCCAGGGCCCAUCUGCCAGCAGCAAAACAGUGCUGAGAUCCCUGCAUGCGAUAAUCGUCCAACUCUUUAAGCCGUGGAUCCUGGUUUUAGAGGACAAUGAAAGCGGCCAGCGACAUUACCCCUGGCUGGAGAGUGAUGCCGUGGUGGCCUCAAGCGUUGUGCAGCUGUUCACCGACUGCAUUGAUUCAUUGCACGAGAGAUUUAAAGAUAAGCUCUUGCCCAGUGAUGAAGGAGCCCUGCGGUUACACCUGCUGCAUUAUUGUGAAGCAUGUACGGCACCCAAAAUGCCCGAGUUCAUUCUGUACGCUUUUCACAGCGCCUACCGGAGACUGCCGUGGAGGGACCUGCAUCCCGACCAGAUGCUCAUGGAAGCUUUCUUCAAAGUGGAACGAGGAAGUCCCAAGAGCUGCUUCUUAUUUUUGGGCUCUGUCCUCUGCGAAGUCAACUGGGUCAGUGUGCUCUCUGACGCCUGGAACCCCAGCCCCCUCCCAGAGACCCGGAGCAUGGUUGUCUGUCUCCUUUUCAUGAUGAUUUUAUUGGCAAAGGAAGAUCAACUGGUAGACCAGACUGAUUCGCCUCUACUUACUCUCCUUGGACAGACAAGCUCGCUUUCAUGGCAUCUGGUGGAUACUGUGUCGUAUCAGAGUGUGCUGGCUUAUUUCAGCAGCCAUUACCAGCCGUCCAUCAUCCUGGCAAAGGAACCUUCUGCUGAAUUAAUCGUGAAGCUCCUUAAAGUGUCCGCAGGCCUUUCCGUCCCUACUGACAGCCAGAAACAUCACGAUGCAGUUCCAAAGUGCCGAGCCUUCACCCACCAGAUGGUUCAGUUCCUCAGCUCCCUGGAGCAGAAUGGGAAAAUCUCCUUAGCGGCCCUGGAACAGGAAAUGUCUAAGCUCUUGGAUGACAUCCUUGUUUUUAACCCACCUAAUGUGGACAGCCAGGCCCGCCACAUGGCCCUCAGCAGCCUCUUUAUGGAAGUGCUGAUGAUGAUAAACAACGCCACCAUCCCCACGGCAGAGUUCCUCCGGGGCAGCAUCCGGACCUGGAUCGGGCAGAAGGUGCACGGGCUGCUGGUGCUGCCGCUGCUGACGGCAGCCUGCCAGAGCCUGGCCUCCGUCCGCCACAUGGCCGAGACGACGGAAGCCUGCAUCACCGCCUACUUCAAAGAGGGCUCCCACCAUCAGAAUUUAGGAUGGGGCCCCAUCCUGGUGUCCCUUCAAGUUCCUGAGCUCACCAUGGAAGAGUUUCUGCAGGAGUGCCUGUCCCUUGGCAGCUACCUGACCCUCUACGUCUACUUGCUGCAGUGUCUAAAUAGCGAGCAGACAGCAAGGAACGAAAUGAAAGUGCUGCUCACCUUGAACAAGUGGCUGGAGCAAGUGUAUCCGAGCUCGAGCCAGGAAGAAGCGAAGCUGUUCCUGUGGUGGCACCAGGUCCUGCAGCUGUCCCUGGUCCAGACGGAGCAGAAUGACUCGGUCUUGACGGAAUCAGUCAUUCGAAUUCUGCUCAUGCUCCAGGGCAGGCAGAACCUGCUGGCUGAGGAGAGGCUCAGCUCCGGGAUUCUCGGGGCCAUUGGGCUGGGCCGGAAGUCGCCCUUGUCUAACAGGUUCCGAGUGGCUGCCCGAGGCAUGGCUGCUUUCCUUUCAGUUCAGGCUCCUGCCGAGGAUCAGAUCCGUUUGAAGCCUGGCUCUGAAUUACAUCUGACCCUGAAAGCUCAGCAGGCUCUGAGUGCCCUCGAAUCCUUGCCAUUGAGUAAGCAGUACGCUGAAUACCAGGACCAGAUAUCGCGAGCCGUGCAGUUCAUAAAGCAUCCUGGUCAUUGCCUGCAAGACGGGAGGAGCUUCCUGGCUCUUCUUGUGAACUGUCUUUACCCAGAAGUGCAUUAUUUGGACAACAUACGGUAGUAACCCUGAGGCUCUUGAUAAACCUGUCGCUGUUUGUCUUUACAUUUACCUUUGCUGUUGCCCAGAUAACUUUGCUCAGCUUCACUGCAGUCUGGCCAGUGAGUUAGUUGACCAGGAUGCAAGUUGGUAGGCACUAGAUGAUUCUGUUGUGCACGUACACACGUGGAUAUGUGUGUUUCCUCAACUCUUAACAACGCGCUAGGGACUUCAUAGUUUUUGUAUUCAUUCAACAAGAGAAACUCACUAAGUUCUACUUGGGUAGAAAGCCACUCACAGUUGCCGAACAUCCCGGUCAUCUCAUGAGACCCAGGGAUGGGGUUCUGUACGUCUGCACUUCUGUCUUCUCUGUUUUAUUUAAAUGUCAGGACUCCUGUGCCAGAUCUAACUACUUUGGGAUCACGUCGAACCCUCACUUCUGAACCCCAUCUGUGUUCCUUCAAAGUGAAAAAGCUUUGAAAAGUUCUGCACUUCUCAACUGUGGGGAAAUAACACCAACUUAAAAGUACUGUAUUAUUUCUCUCAGACGGGAGAUAAGACGGCUGAGUUAAAGUGAGUCUUGUCAGAAAUGUGACCGUUUGAUCCUGACUACAGUGGACAGGGGAGGUGGUGACAAGUCCAUUUCCAUCCAGCUGUGUCCUCAUGGAGAAGGAGCUGUCUGCCUAAAUCGGGGGUGCGGGCUGGCGGUCUGUGGGGGGCCUGCCCUGCAGAGGCGUGUUUUGUUUGGUCCCCGGGGGUGAGAGUGUAGACAAGGGCUUGCUCUCUCCAGUCCUCUGUAGACCUACGUUCCCUUUGGUUCUACCCUAGCCGGUUCUUUCGUUCACAUCACUUGCUUGGCCCCUGCAGACACCUAAAUUUGCAGCUCUUCCCAGACACCAAGUGUGACAUCUGAAGGCCCUACUGUUAAGAGAGACAGAGACCGAGAACUUGAGUCUCUGUUCCCUGUGUGUUUCUUCACUCCCUAUUUAAACUCAAAUGAACCUAGCAAAUCCACCGAAACACUGAUCCUGGGAACUGGCCCAGCUCAGGAGACUUAACUGAAAUUUGGCUUUUUUCAAAUCGCCACGUGCCUUCUGUUGUUGUUAACAGUUUGCUCAUUACCAAAGCCUGUCUGUGACGUUGCCUUGUUUUGCUGCCAUCUUCUGGAUCUUGUCAUUUCCCCCAGGAGUUAGCAAUUUGACUUCUGUCAUCAUAUUCACAAUUCUGUUGGUUCAAAAUUGAUUUCGUUGUCCAACCUGCAUAAAAUGUCUUUUGUUUAUGGGUUAGCUAUCACCCGAAGAGACUUACCUAAAAAUGUCCUAGCAGUCACUGAGAGCUUUUAGCCAGGGGAAGAGGGCUGUAGGUGACCAUCUCUUUUCAAAUAUCAUUUUCGAGUGCUUCCCUGAACAUUUGGGAAUGUGUAGGAGUUGUUCUUUUUUUGAACCUCAUUUCUUGGAUGGAACCAUCCUGCCCCACAGACUUGCUCCGGUAAAGAUCAUCCCUGUUGGCCUCCAAGUUCUGUGGCCGCCAGGUGUCCAUCUCCGAGGGAGGCGUCCCCGAGCUUUCCUUGUUUUUGCAUCUCUCCGUUUUCAAAAUCAGUCAUCUUCCCUGUGCUGUGUCUAAGAAUGUUCUAGAAGCUGUGGACAGUUCCACGGCUGACUUGGUAACAAAGAUUUCACGCCAGGAAGUAUUUCUUGUGCUGUUUCCUUUGAGGAGGGUGUAAUUGCUGAUACCCUAGAAUGUGAACCUUUGGAGUGACAGUAUGUACAUUUAAAGAAAAUUAUGUUUAAUCUCUUAAUUUUUGAAGGUUUAUAAUAUUUAUAAUGUAUUUGCCCUGUAAAAACUAUAAAAAUAAAUAAAUCAAUCUUUGGUUGUAGCUGUAAGAAUCUGAUUUUUAGGGCUAUCACACGAUCUUGUGAAGUAUCUCAGUUGUUAAAAUUGAUGCAGAUUUUUAUGUCUGAUGUUAUCCAUUUUUUUUUGAUACUGUGAGAGACGGUUGAUAAAAAUGCUUCCUCUUCAUGCUUAACAGUGGAAGGCUUACAGCGUAGGUUCCUCUGAGGGACUCAAGGCUACGAAAUUGUAAGGACACUGAGAUAGUUCAGAAGGUGGAAACACUGCUGUAGCCUCCUGGAAGAGAACAGGCCAGUCUGCCCACUGGCUUUCAGGAAUAAUGAGCCUUUGCUGGCAAGAUAGUCUCCCCGAGAGCGCACAGGACCAGUUUCAGAGACGGUUACCAAUGCUGCGCGCAGAUACCUGGAUCAGGACAAGACCGAGGCGCCCCGGUGCCCGAGCGGCGUUGAAUGUGGACCAGCAAGGGCUCUCCCCGAACGUGGCCAGCAGUGGCAUCCGGUUCGGAUGGGGAUGCCCGGCCGCUUCCUGGGUUUGAUGAGAAGCACUUCUGCUCCUCCACUCGCCUUUCUGCUCUGCACAAAGGAUGGGUCAGAGAUGCACACUUGGCGCCCGGUCUCCUGGCUCCACCGCCUGACUCUGCAGCAAGCUGGAGGCACGGCCACCACGGGAGGGAGGUCCUGUGCCGUGUCUGCUCGGCCUGGUGGAGGAGCCAGGACCCUCCCUGCGUUUCUCCGAUCUCGUUUCAUAGUUUCACAGUUUGUUGGCUCAGUCACAUCUGCCUCCCUGGAGUUUCCUGAGUCUCCCGGUUCUUUGAGCCAGAAAAUGAAAACCCCCAGAGCAGCCCAACCUCCCUUUACCCGAGUGCCAACCCUCUUCCUCCCCGUCAGUCACCACAAUCCGUGGGCCCACGUGGUACAAGUUAGAGCGUCCACGCCCUUUCUUCCUUUUGAGUGAAGGGGAUACGCAGUUUUCUGUUGGAUUUUUACUCCUAAAAUUGAUGAUUUCUUCUGGAGCAGGAAGCAGAUGCCGUAGAGUCAUGACGGCUGGUGUCAGCAGGGGCGUUAGGGCUCGUCCAGCCCCACCUCUCACUCGGCAGGGAUCCCAGCCCUGAUCCUCCAGCCUCUUCUCUGCCCUUUCCUGUAGCCGGUGGUCCUGCCCUUGGGGACGAGCCCCAGCGUAGUCCUGCUCUGUGCGGAGCUGAAACUGGCCUCCUGGUGCCACUGAUCCUGGCUCUGCGGGAGCAGGCUGGGCCGGAGCUGCUGUCUCACCUGCUCACGACAGACCUUCAGUCAGACCUUCGGACAUUUUCAUACCUCAUCACACCCGACCCUGUCCGUCUGCCGCCCCCCUUCUCUUCAGGCCAAAUGCCUUGUCCCUUUAGUUAGUCCUCUUCCCCCACAAGGUCUGACAGGGCUGCACUUUGGGACAGCUGCCCAAACUCGCCCAUGUUAGCAAUAAGAGCCACGUCCGGGACAGCAGGGCCAGGGCGCGGGUGAAACCAACAAGGCACCCGGGGCACACGUGUAAGGUGGCAAUCGCCUUAGUCCCGGGCCCUCAGCCCGGUCUCUGCCUUGGGGGUUGGCCACACUAGUGGGGGUCAAGCAGCAGAGCCCACCCCCACGGACACGUGGGCAGCGUCGGCUCUGAGCAGCUGCGCCCUCCCACUGAAUGGCACAUCGAACUGGUGGUGAGUUCUGACUCCAGACUUCGGUUUACCAUCCGUUGCUGCCAAAGACUGGUCUCUUCACCUGCCCGCGUGAGAGGUCUGACAUUAAGGCCCUUUGCACUUACCCUUUAAAACUAUCUGCUUCAUGUUGGACCAACUUUAUAGCUUAUUUUGAGCUGGUAGCUGACAAUCUUUCUGCUCAGUUAACUUUGUCUUAUUCAGCAAAAAUGGAGUAAUAAGCAUGUUGCUUUAAAAAAAAAAAAGUUGUCCCCUCCUGUGAUCUUCCCUUUGCCUCUGGGUCGUUCUGGAUAAAGGUCUUGGUUUCCCACCAGGUGCUAAUACUGACCUUGUUCUGGUCCACGAUGGUCCUUUCACGUUACAGCGACAUGUGUCCUGUAGAAGUUGAAGUUGAAAUUUCCUUCUGUCUGAAUAGAUUCUUGAUUUCUGAUGACAAUCACUUGGCAAAAAUAAAAUUAAACUACUGACUCUAUUUUGGGCUUAUGAAACUACUAAGGAAUGUUGCUCAUUAUAACUUAUUUUUUAAAUGUACAGAUGUGAUAUCUUCUGAGAACUGAGGGUUAGGAUUUAUUUUUCUUUCAGUGGCUUCAAUCAUUCACGUGGCAGCAGAUACUUCUUAAGUGUGUUCAACUCUUUUUUUCCUUUCCACGUGCCUAGUGUGACCUUUAAAAACCACAACUUACUUUGGUCAUUAAAUGUGCAAUAUUCACUUCUUAUUCACUGUUGGUGUUUUACAUGUUUGUGCAAAGGACGGGUUUUUAUAUAACAAUGAGACAUAGGAAGGAAUGCGAAUUGGUUAAGUAAAAUUCUGCAAAUAAACUACUACAUUGGAAUGUAAUUUA